AUGACCUCUCGCCUUGAGACAAUCAGUCGGAUAAGCGAUUUGGGAAAAGAGAGUAUUGUGUCUAACUUGCAGGAUUCUACCGAUGAUACUACUAGUGAAAAGCUUAAUUUCUCGCAGAUCGGUCUACGUCUUUCCUCUUAUUUUGACUUGGGCGUAGCAUGGAACAAACGAAAAGCUCUUGUCCUUACUCCUAAAUAUGUGUCUGAUCCGAAACGGCCCGACGAACCCCAAAUGAUGACUCUAAAUCCUGGCAGCGAAAUCAACUCGCUAAAUGGGGAUAUCAAAGACGUCUGCAUCAUCCCAAUGAUGUCGACAAAACGAGCCGACUGCGGUCAGCCAGAAAUUGCAAUCAUCUGCAUUGGGUUCGAAUCUGGCCAUGUGAAAUUCUACCUAGAAACAGGCGUCAUUAUUCUCGAGUAUCAGUUGCAUCUUACUCCUGUUGAGAGAAUCCGUUUCAGAGGAUUCUCAGGUGCCCAGCCAGAAACGAGCUUCUACAUUUGCCACAAAGAUUGUGUGAUUGAAAUUGACGGAAUGGAGCUUUAUCAAACUUUGCGUGUAGCGAGGGUUAGUCCGGAACAAGUGCAGUUGAACGCGCUCAAGUCGAAAAAGUACACAUUCACUCAAGAAAAUCAAGUCGCAGACGUCGCCUCUGUUGGAAAAUACUCAAUUACACGUUGGGAACAGUACGUUAACGCGUCAGCAUACGGGCCGAAUGAGAAAGUCUCCGCGAGAAUACCCGCUUACAACUCUUAUAUUACUUCGGGAAAGAAUUUCGCACAAUUUUACCAUCAUAUUGACCAAGUCGAGCAAUCUGCUAUCACAUCCGCUCUUUCUAUUGGAAAAAGUCUAAUGAAGAAAUCUACUGGUUGGUUUUUUGGUGGUUCUCAGCCAGAGCCCGAGCCUGAAGUCGUCAUCGAUAAGGGUACAGAAAUCGAACCACGGUCGACUUUAUUGGAUAAUAAUCGAACUGGUGUCAAAGUAGAACCCGCGCCGUACGGCUUACCAUUUGCUGCUGUGUCUGAUAAUCUUGGGAGAGUAUCGAUAGUCGAAACUAAUUCAAUGAAGAUGAUCAGAAUUAUAAAGGGCGUUCGCGAUUGCCAGAUGAGUUGGCUCAGAUCUUCAGAUGGCGCGAGAAACGCACUGUUUUUAGUUACGCUUGAUCGUUUGGGAGUUUUGUCGGUGUUUUCUGUCCAUUACGGACCAAGGGUUGCAUCAUGGAAUGUUGGAAAAGGAUCCAUACUUCUUUCUCACUCGCAUCAAAUUGGUGUCAACGGAUCAAAUUUGAAGCAAAUGGCGUCGAGCAAUUACCAAGUUGCAGUGAUGACAGCAGAAGGAGAACUUAAGAGGAUUGUUAUUCCGCUGCAUUUGGCGUUAAGCGAUCACAAUUCUCCAAGACUUGCAGACACUUCAACCCUUCGCGAGCUGAGUAAACAGCUCAAACGUGCUGAUAUUGAAAUGUCACAAGUAAACGCACUUGUCAAGCGCCUCCGACUUUCGAAUACUCAAAGGCAAGCGAUUGAAAAACUCAUUGCUUCGGAGAAAAUUGCUCUUGAUGAUAUUGAAAAGUACUUGGAGCUCUUUGCCGAGAAGAAUAAAAAUGAAAGCCUAUCGGGGAAGAAAGAAACUAAGGAGUUUCAGUUCUGGCAUGAGAAAAUCUCGAAGAUGAUCUGGGCUUACAAGAUGAUAACGAUGUCGGGAAAAGCAACCGAACCAGUCGUAGAUCCAGCCUGCAUUUUCAAAAAUGAAGCUGAAGAUGAUGUAAAGACUAUUUUGGAUACGAAACGACAGAUUUCUGAAACUAGGUCGACAAAGAUCAAAUUUUCAAGUGGGACUGCUUCGGUUAGCGAACUGAGUUUGUACGAUUUCACAAGAUGUUUAGUUGAAGAUAACGGGGCAUUGAAGCUCCAUCCCACGAUAAGUGAUAUGAGAAAGAAGCACUUGGCAUCAAAACUGUUCGAAUCAGCUGAGUUGCAUCAAAUUAUCGAGAAAUUGCUUCUUCCCCUUGCCGAUUACCUUGAGCUGCUCAAAUAUCACGUGGCCAAUGUCAGUUCUACAGCGACUACAGCUGCUCACUUUUUGCGCCUUCUUGAGGCCACUUAUGAAAUCUUUCACGAAACUCUUCCAAGUGAUUGGCUUUUAUCUCUUCGAGAAGAUUGUCUUGCAGUCACUCCUUCUAAUGGGCAUAUUUUUGUCCAUGUCAUGGAGUUUUUCCGAAGAAGAAACCUUCCGUCAAACGAUGAGGGGAUGGACACUGAUACUGCUGAUUGGGAUACCUUGGUGAUUGACAAUCAGUGGAAAGAGGCGACUGAAACGCUGAGAAUCGCUUCUGCGCUUGAAAUUCUGUCUGAUGGUGUCAACUACACUGCGAAAACUCUUCUCCAAGGAGGAGUCGGUGGCGUCACAGAAGUAGUCGCAGAGUGGCUUGUGGAAAAUCGUCUUACUCUAACAAGCGAGCUCCAUACAAACCCUCGGGUCGCGCUUGCCCAAAUGUUUCUCAAAAACUAUCUAGUUCCUCAUUUUCCUCUUUCACUCUCUCGUGAGAUGGUAAAUUCCUCAAUCUUUUGGAUAGCGACAUCUCGAUGGGCCUCUUCAACGAAAAAGUCCGCGUGCGAUCAACUUCUUCCCCUUAUUCUGGAUUCGUUGAGUGAAAUAAAGGUACAGUUUAAAUAG